AUCAAUCCAAUGGCUGUCAUACCAAUAGACCUAAGAAAAAGCUGUUACCAAUCGAUCACGUUGGAAUCUGGAAAUUUGGUAGAAAAAAUUUCUUUACCGCAGUGCCGAGGAACUGGAAUGUUUAUAAAUGCAUUGAACAUGUCAAAGAUGUCCUUGGUUGUCCUGGUGAUGUUGAUCUUUGGGUGAAGAAUCGAUAUAUCUUCCUUGAGGAAGGGAGAUCACUCUCCGACUACAUUGGACUUACAAGACUCUAUGUAGUGCGCCGACCAAUAAGCAGGUACCCUAACCCUCGUUACAAAUCAUCUAAUCCUGACGUCAUCGAUCCAUUCUGGGAAGGCGAACGUGUCUUAAUGUCAUGUGGCCACGCUGUGGCUCCAGAAAACCUACUUAAUUAUUACUGGCAAGAGAUUAAAAGUGGACGCAUUGAAGUAAGGUGCCCAUCCCUUCCGGAUGAAAACAACAGGGACUGCAAAGCAGAAUGGGAGUUCAAGGAAGUGUUACGUCAUGCCCGCUUAUCUGCAGACGAAAGGUUUCUGUUUCUCAGUGUGCUAUUUACAAACUGGCUCGAGAAAAACAAAAAUGCUUAUAUUUGUCCUCGGUGUGAUGAAACUGUCAUUGCCUCCUGUCCAGACAGAGGGUAUUUUGAUUGCUACUAUUGUCAGAGGAAGGGUGAUAGAUAUUCAUUUUGUACAAGGUGUUCACAGCCAGUGAUCCCACUAUUUGGAUGCAAAAACUCAGAUUGUGAACAAGGCCUUCGACAGUUAAAGUCGCUAUUACACACCUGUCACCUGAUAACCAUUGUUAAUGUUCCAGGUUGCCCGAAAGUUCGCGCAUGCCCAAAGUGCCAUUACAUCAUAAAAUUUGAUAACAACAAUCUCUGUAAACAUAUGACAUGUUUUAAUGGAACAUGUGAAACGAGAUUUUGUUUUAUCUGCCUAAGUACUCCAUCUCAAUCAGGAUACUGGCCCUGCGGUGGGGCAUAUGACGAGUGUCCACCCGCACCUCGACAGAAAAUCGUUUAAAAGACAAGUCAGUAGUUGCAGUUUGGUUGUUUUAUGAUAUUAAUGAAAUAUUUUCGAACUUUCAUGUUAGUUUUUAAGAGGGUUGAUCUAAAACCAAUAACUUCGGACUUACAGUCCGUAUUGGACCAUGGUAAUAUCCCUAUAAAAAUAACUUGUAUACUUAAUACAAAAUACUUAUGCAAUGACUUAUCUACAAAUCCGGUCAGAAUUUGUGGAACACAGCAUAUUGGAAGUUAAUGUCAAAAUGAAAAAAAAAGUUAUAUUAUAAAAAUUAUUUCUUAAUCUUUACAGAGCAGAUUGGCCAUGCUCUAUAACAAGAGAUGCAGAUGAGUACUUCUGUAAUUGCAAAUUAUAUACACGGUUUCGUGGUACCAUUCUGAUUAAAUUACAGAUCACAAAUAUACACUACGCUAUGUAGAUCUGACGAUAGCCGCUGUAAUGGUUAUUUGAGCUAGUGCAGCUUGAGCACAGUGUCUCUGUGUUUUUCUGUUGAAAAUCGCCGCGAAAAUUUCGUGUUACACAGUAUCAAAUAUUUCAAACAUGUAAUAUUGGUUCCAACUGGUGUUUAUAAAAAAAAAAUUCAGGAGCGUACCAAACAAUCUAUAUGCAAAUACAUUUUACUAAAAAUAACAUCGGUAUACAAAAUACAUUGUAGGCAGUUUGGUUCUGGAAUCCGUAUGUACACUGCCUGGAUAACGCAGAAUUGCCCACCGUACUUAUUAGAAAAUUUUCUUUAAUUAAAUUUGAAAAGUUAGGCUGAUUCAGCUCUUUACUUUUAUAUUCUAACUAGAAGAAAUAAUUUGCAUAUCAAAAUGCAUUUUUUGAAGUUGGUUGAUUCUUAUUUGACCAAUCGCACCUCUUGCGACAUCACUUAUACACAAAUACUCACAGUUAAUAGCGUGUCACACGUAUAAACAUUGAAUGUUCUGUAAAUAUUCAGUGAAAGGCAUAAUAUCUGAAAAAUACCAGACACAAAAUAUUAUAAAACAAAUUAUUUGGUAGUAUAACUAUGCAUCCAAGAUACAUUUUAUAUACAAUACUAGUAUUUUAUACACAUCAAAAUACCAUAUACAUAUUCAAGUCUGCGUCCUAUUGAGACUGGUAAUUGUCAGAAAACAAAUUAAUUAUCGACACCCUUUAAAACAAGAGGCCAAUGACCACGUAGUUCUUUGGGCAUGGAAUUAGUAUUCAAUUUAUUGUUGUCAAUUUUCAUGCAUUUGGUAAUUAUAUAUAUAUACCAUUAAAAUGUUCUUUUUUAAGAACGCCGAGGUUGCCCAGCGCUAUAAGCUGCGGGUAUUUCUGGCUAGGCGAUCGGGUGCCGUAGAUCGUGAGUUCGAGGCCAGGUCAGGGCACGAGUCAUAAAGCUGUCUUCCUUAUAUAUAUAUAUAUUUCUUGUGAUUUCAACUCCAAAUUCAAAAUUCCAACAGAGACAUAUUGGGAACUAUAUUCCAGUGGUUAAUAUUUCAAAUGUAUGAUUUCUUCUUAAAAUAACCUGUCCAUUCUGAUCCCUUAUUCCACUUGGGAAACAACAAUCAAAAUGAACAUUUCUUAGGCUUCCAUUCUUUUAAUGAUUUCGAUAAUGUGAAACAGAUAUAUCCUCCUCACCAACUGAUCAUGAUUGUCUUUUUAGUUCUUUGUUGUAAAUAAUUAAUUGUUAUGUAUAAUAUAUCUUAUAUUGUUUUCGUCAUGUAUAUUGUGAGAGUGACGAAGUACAGAAUUUGAAUUAAUUAGUUUUAAGGCCAUAUUGUUUUAUCUGAAAACAAACCAAACAAGUCCAGCUCCAGUAUCCUGGCUGGUAUGGGUCUGUUAACGCUGGGGCAACGUAAGGGGAGAGUUUAGGUCACUAGAGGUCAAUUUAAACAGCCCUAGUGUGAUGAAGACCCAGAGUAACCUGGCAGAUGAUUUAGUUAAUCUUAUAUCAAAAAAAAUUUACUUAAAACUAUAUACAUGUAUAUCUCCUGUUAAAUUUCACUCACAACUUGUAGUAAACACAUUAUGAUACAAAUGUUGUAUACAAAUUAUACUAUGUUAUGCUCCAAAACAUUUUUAUUUUUAUAUACCUUUCAAGUUAUGCUUUUUAUUAAGUGUGAUACAAUUAUUCUGAUGAAAAUUAUAUGGAAUAUUCGUAGUAUGGAAUUAAAUAAUGUAAUGUGUGAUAAUGAAUAUAUGUGAACCACUUAUAAUAAAUUUGCUAUUUAAAACUUUGUCACAUAUAUUAUAAAUUUGCUGUAUAUAACUUUAUGUCACAUACAUUAUAAAUUUGCUAUAUAUAACUUUAUAUAUUUUAUUUUCAUUAAUUCUUCAAUUAAAUCUUAUCAUUUGAUGAUA